UAGUAAUAUAACUCAAAGUACAAUAUCAAUGCAAUCAAAUGAAAAUGGUUUAGAUGUAGUUGAACAAGUUGAUCCCAUUCAAAAUCAAACAAUUAAUGAUAUGGAUCAAGAAUCAGUAACGAGUCAUUCACUUAGUCAUGCGCCAGCUUUAGUUGUGGAAGAAAAUCCGAUUGUAAUAUCAACCACAUCAAAAAAUGGAUCUAUGUCAUCGAAGAAACAAUCUUCAAAACCUGCUGUCAACGAAAAUAUUUUUGAGACAAUUGAGAGCAGUUCUUUUAAUAUUGAACCUACAACUAAAGCAUCACAUCAUCCAAAAAACGGAAAUUGA